AUGGAGCCGCUCCUGUAUCGCAUAGAACUCGACGGAUGCCCUCUUCCCUGGCCAGAGAACCCGCGCUAUCCAACGGCACCCGUCUCGAACGCUGCUGAUCAUCCAGUGCGGCACUCGAAUACGACCCCAUCUCGAGCAGAUGUACCUUGCCCCGUGCCUGCAAUGCCUGCCGCAGUGUCAGAUGUCGACUGGCUCAGACGAGAGUAUGAGCGCUGCAUCACCAGCAGCGAUGCGCAGACCAUGAAGCAGUAUGCCGAAGGACUACGCAAGCGUUCCAGUCGGGCUCAGCGUGCGUCAGAAGACCAACAUGCCCUCGUUGGGUUCCUCUACGCGACCAUCAUGCCCGUCGAAACGCUCGACAAGCGUUGGCGGACAGAGAUGCCACAGCUCGUAGACGAGUUGGAGGGUGCUCAGGAGGAGCAGCUCAGCAGUCUUGCCGCAGACACAGAGGCGCACUACAUCUACCAAGCUAUGAAGCGCUACAAGCCACCGGCGCAAGCCUCUCAAUCAGCGUCGACCCAUACAGCGACGCGAUGGACCAACUCGCAAAAGCAUCAGUGGAUCAAAUCGCUCGCAACGAAUGAGGCUGAAUUGCAGAUACUGCUUCUCCUCGAAAAGCUCGUUUGUGAUCCGUUUCCUCAGGGGCCUCGCGCUUCUUCAGCAUCGCCUAACAAGUCACGUACGAGAGCACAUCUUGAUCCUGAGCGCACUAUCGACAUGCUCGUAGAACGCCUCGCGCUCCAGCAGGUCAUGUCAUCUAUCGGUACAUCUGACGAGUUCAGUCAAACUGUUUCCGAGUCGCCAUUUGAUGACAGUGCACUGCCGCUCGACCCAAUUCAGCAAUUCUGGCAAAGCUGCGUGGAAGGAAACUAUAGUGGUCUGAUUGCUGACGAACUACUGGCCUCCUGUCGAGAACGCCUCUUUCCUUCGUCGCCAGACGACAUCUUUGCGACCUCGCCGGUCAAACAGCCGGUCGAAGAUGUAGCUCGACUGGCCAGAUCAGUCGACGAAGCUCGUAGAUCCUCAAGCACCACUGCAACUGGCUCACUCGCUCUUUCGAAAGUAUUCACGGCCAGCGAAUCUCAGACAAGCGCAAUGAUUGCUACAGGUGACAAUCGACCCGGCUUGAAAGAUCUGCUGCACGCAGACAGUAUAUUCAGCAAGCAGCACGCUAGGACAUUCGCGCGCUCGACCAGUGGUGGCAUCACCAGUCGCAACUUGUUCAGGAAUCGCGAAGUACAAGUGGGGGUGAAGUCGCAGCCCAAGGUACAAGCCAAGAAGGGUAUCAGCAGCAAGCAGAUGCAAGCCAACAAGCGAAAGCUGAGCAGUCCGAAGAGAGCGGUGUCGAGCGAGACCCUCGUUCUGGCCACGCCCGCAAAGAAUCAAGGCCUGUCACGAGCCAUGUCGAUGCCAUCAUUCGCGGAGCUCGGCGCUGCUUUUCGACUCGGCAGUCGAGCUGGCGGUAUACCAGAAGCAGACGAAUCCGACGCUUUCGAGUUCACCCUGCCCGCCACGCCCUUUCCCGCCCAAAGGAAGGACGCGCCCAGCUCGCCAACGCUCGCGAACGGUAUCCCUUCCACGCCGAUGUAG